AUGAUAGCGGCCUGCAGAUGCACGCCACCGCCUGCCGGCGACUGGCGGCGAUGGUGCAGCAGCGGCGGCAGCAGCAGCGGCGGCGGCGGCGGCGGCGGCGCCGGCCUUGCGAGCAGCAGUGCCACUUGCAGCGGCAGGAGCUGCGGCGGUGCCGGCCUAGCGAGGAGCAGCAGCAGCAGGGCCGGCACCGCGCUGCCUGCGGCGGUGCGUGAUGACCUGUUACGGGGCGUGGAUGCCGAGCACAGGGAGUCGGUGGCACGGGUCGUGGAGCUGGCGCAGCGGGCGGCAGACAGCUGGGCCGUGCUGCACAGCGACUUCCACACGCCGCCGGUCGUGGCCGAUGCGCUCAUGGUGCUGCAGCGCAUGGCAGACGUGGCGGGCGUGGCGUGGGGAGGCUACCCGCAGGCGGAGCGCUGCCGGCUGGCGGUGGGGCGGGAGGAGGCGGUGGAGGGGCUGGCCGGGGACCCAUCGCAGCUGGGCGGCGUGGCGGCGGUGGAGGUUACCGGGAACUUCAUGUUCGACCCAGCCAGCCACAGAGACUUCCUGGGGGCGUGCCUGGGGACCGGCAUAGAGCGGGGGAAGGUGGGGGACAUAGUGGUGAGGGGGGAGCAGGGCGCGCAGAUCCUGGUGGCGCCCAACCUGGUGGAGCACCUGGAGGCGGCGCUGACGCAGGUGCGCACGGUGCCCGUCCGUGCGGCCGCCGUCGCGCUGUCGGAGCUGCAGGUGCGCGCGCCUCGCGUGGAGGAGCUGAGCAGCGUGGAGUCCAGCCUGCGCCUGGAUGCCGUGGCCAGCGCCGGCUUCCGCAUGAGCCGCUCCAAGAUGGCAGACCUGAUCAAGGCCGGGGAUGUGCGGGUCAACUGGCGGGCGGCGGGCAAGGCGAGCGCGGAGGUGCAGGCGGGCGACGUGGUGAGCGUGGCGGGCAAGGGGCGGCUGGAGGUCAAGGCCGCCGCCAUGACCAAGAAGGGGAAGCACAGCGUGCAGAUGGUGCGGUACCUGUAA